CAUGGUCACUACGUGCCCAAUAGCGCGUUCUUUUGGAUCAAGAAGUCACUAACGUAAUAGCUUUAUUAACGUUUAUUUAGGUUAGGAAAAUGUCGUUUGUAAAGGCCCAGAAAGCUCGCCAAAAGCCUCACAGAGAGCGAGGACAGGUUUCUGGUAGAGAAGGUCUUGGACUGUUGGAAAAGAAGAAAGAUUACAAAUUGCGAGCACGAAGUUAUAAAGAAAAAGAAAAACAACUCAAGGCGUUGCGAAAAAUUGCGCAAUCAAAAAAUCCAGAUGAAUUUUACUUUGGAAUGAUCAAAACAAAAUUAACGGAUGGGGAACAUGUGAAAGAUUUUAUACGUGAAGAACAAACUGCUACACCUGCUCAGAAAAUGUUAAUGGAGACUCAAGAUUUGAAUUAUGUCAAGUGGAAACUGCAGAUUGAAAAGAAGAAAAUUGAAAAAUUAGAGAACAGAAUUCAUUUUGUUGAUGGAACAACAAACAAACAUAUUCGAUUUAUUGAUUCAAAUGAAGAAAUUCCAUUGGAGAAACCCAAAACUAACACAGAGGGAACUGCAAGUAAACGUCUUGUAAGAGAAAUUGAACAACGGAAAACCAGAGUAAAAGAACUGCAGGCAGUUGUAGACAAAUUGACAAUUCAAAAAAUUUUGAGCACAGAUAAAGCUGUUAAAGAUCGAGAUUUGGUAAAACGAGAAGAUGCAAGCUCUGCAGCUAUUUAUAAGUGGAAGCCACUCCGAAAACGCUAAUUUUUAUCUGGAGAAUCAACUUGGUUGUUUGGAUGUGCUGCCUUAAAUGCUGGAUGCUCUUCCAGUGUGGCAUUGAUGCGUGAUAUAAUAGGAAAUUGAGACAUGUCAACUUUGAAUCUAAUUGCAUUUCCAACCUGAAAUGGUUUUACAAUUCUUAAGUUGUUAAGGUGCAACAGAAAAAUAUCUUUUUUUAUACCUGUGGUACAAGGAAGGCAUCUGCCAUUGUAAUGUCGUCACCUACACAAUAUUUUCCAGCACAGUUUUGCAACAUUUUUUCCAGUGCUUGAAAGCCAACAUCGAUCCAAUAUUUGCCCCAAUCCAUUCUUGUCUCACCUACUUUAUUUAACACAGCAAGAUUUUGAAUAGGCUGGAUACCUGAACCAAUCAUCUGUAUAUUGGUAAAAUAUGCUAAUUUUAAUUAGGGUAAAUGUGACCUGAAGCUGAAGGAGUAUUUAAAUGCAGCAACUAAAGUUUUACAAAUAGAAUCUGAUUCGUGUUAUCUGGGGCUGAACAUAAUAACUUAAAAAAACUAUAUAGUUACAAAUUUAAAGUAAUGCUAGAAGCCUAGAACAGUAUGCAACAUCAAGAACCUUGUAGUGAAAUACCUCGCAAA